AUGAGUAACAUAUUAUGUAGGAGACAUAAAGGAUAUAAGGUCGUAAAACGACCAGAUCCAAAGACAUUAAAAAUGCCUAACCUAGCCGAUGCUCCAAGUAUAAUGGAUAUAAUUAAAGAAAAAGUCCGAUUAAAUGGACCUCUUAGUGUUGCCGAAUAUAUGAAUAUAGUUAUAACUAAUCCUACAGAAGGAUAUUAUAUGAAAAAAGAUGUUAUAGGUGAGACGGGUGAUUUUAUAACAUCACCUGAAAUUAAUCAACUAUUUGGUGAGAUUUUGGCUAUCUGGUUUUAUGCAGAGACGCAGAAGAUGGGUCCUGGCAAGCCUUUACAAAUUGUGGAGCUAGGACCAGGAAAAGCUACCUUGUUAAUAGAUUUUCUAAGAGUAUUGAACAGAUAUGGUUACAGAGCAAAUGAUCUUAGUCUUCACCUUGUGGAAAUAUCUUCAACAAUGCAACAAUUACAGGCAAAUAGAUUAUGUGUUUCUCACAGGGAGACUGAUAUAGAUAUGCCCCAUAAUCAUGAAGGAGAAACUGUCAGUGGUAUAAAAGUCUAUUGGUACAAUGAUCUAAAGAAAGUUCCCAGUAAUUUUUCUUGGUAUAUUGCCCAUGAGUUUUUUGAUGUUUUGCCCAUUCAUAAAUUUGAAAAAACAGAAAAAGGUUGGCGAGAAAUCUUAAUAGAUUUAGAUGAAAAUAAUAAAUUGCAAUAUAGAAUAUCAGCUAAUGAAACACAAUCGGUUAAAGUUUUGGUAAGACCUCCAUUAGAUGCAGGUGAUAGAAUGGAACUUGAAAUAAGUCCUAGAGGUCUUGGUAUUGCGAAACAGCUUGCUAAUAGAGUAGACCAAUAUGGAGGUUUGGCUUUAAUAGCAGAUUACGGACAUAAUGGAGAGAAAGGGGACACUUUUAGGGCUUUUCACAAACAUAAACUAGUUGAUCCUCUGGAAAAUCCUGGUGUGUCUGACUUAACAGCAGAUGUUGAUUUCAGUCAACUUAGAAUAUCAGCAUCAAUGACUCCUGGAGAAGAAAAUUAUGCAAUAGUUCUGGGACCAGUCAAACAAAUGGAAUUUUUGGAACGCCUUCAAGCUAAUGUUCGAGUUCAGGUUUUAAUGGACAAUGCAAAAACUGAAGAAGAUAAAGAAAAAAUUAAAGCAGCAUAUGAAAUGUUAGUAGAUCCAAAACAUAUGGGAGAAAGAUUUAAAUUCAUGGCCUUUUAUCCUUCUGCAAUGAUGAAUAUAUUAGAAAAAUUUCCUCCUUUAGGAUUUUCAACUCAAAAC